CGCGCCCGAAGAUUUCCAAUCGGCACAGACGAUGCCUGGAAAGCUUGAUUCUCGUCUAAUCAACAUCAAUAUACGCAAAAUGUGUCGUCUUAGUUCGAUUACUUGGUACUCUUACCAGCCGCGAAGACUUGUGAUAGCACGAGUGGUCCGCGAGACGCGAGGCAGUCUUCUGGAACCGCGAAUUGAUUGCGGACGAGGGACAGGAUAUGACCGAGUGACUGGGUAGAGCCGGCGCAGUGUCUCUUAUACGGCUAGAAGAGCUGCGUGUUCCUUCUUCCCUGGAUGAUGUCUGCUCGGUUUUCUGUCGCUCUUCUUGACCACCGCUGUCGCUAUCAUCAUGCCAAGCGCUCGUCGUGGACGCACCGGGAGGUCGCGUCUGUGUCGGACACUGUGUUGUGCCACAUAUUUACAUCUUACUGUGGCAAUGGCGCAAACAGUCGUAGCUAGCCAGACGGAUGUGACGGCUGUAGCGGCAGAAAUGUUAGCAGCCAGUGGCGUUGAUUUGAUACCAUCGGAUCAUCGAAUCGCUUUUAUAGCUUCUGCGCUCAAGACUUCGACGAAGUUUCCCACGGGUCUCAUACCUUCAGCUCCUCGAACUUCAUCCAUUGUGCCAUCGGAGAUUGAGGAGCGCUUCUUUCCCACGGGCCUCAUACCGUCGGCACCUCGGUCUUCAAGUACAGUACCAGCGCCUAUUACCACGAUUUCUGAGGGCACUCCAACACCAGCACAUACGGCGCUGAUACCUUCCGCACCAGUCUCCUCAAUACCAGAGCCGACCACUUUAAGUACAAUUACUUUUCCCACACUUACUCUUCCCGCCCCCACCAACGGUACAGUCCCGGUUGGCACCACCAAUGUCAUCCCCACGUUCUCGCCAACGGGUAUGACAUCCACACAAGAAGGUCUCCACCCCAUACCAGCACCGAGUACCAAUCCUGGUGAUCCAGAUGGUCACCACGAAGUUCCAGAGCCCAACUUCACAAUCACAGUCCCAUGUCGCGGGUGUUCACCUGUUGUCGAGAUCACAGCUACAGGUUGGGGAACUGUGCCCACAUUCCCAAUCAAAAUCCCGCCUGCACAAGAGGUAGAGACAAAAGCGAGCAGCUCUCCAGUCAUAACCCUUUCCGUUGGCCCAUCCAAUGUGGUGAUCAAACCCAACCCAUCGGGCAGCGACUUCGUCAUUGGCGAUUCCACAACCAUAAAACCCGGCCAAACCGUCACAGUAGGCGGCUCCCCCGUCGCAGUCCACACCUCCAAUGGCCACACCGACGUGAUCAUCGGUGGCACGCAGACUAUGCCUCUACAGCCGCCCACCAACCCACCCGUCGCCACAGUAACAGUAGGCGGCAGCCCUAUCGCCAUCAAACCAGCGCCCUCCAGCGGCGCCUUCCUCAUCGGCGACUCCACCGUCGCCCCCGGCCAAACCCUGACCCUCUCGAACACUCCUAUUGCCAUCCACACCUCGGGUGCCCUCACACAAAUCGUCGCAGGCACCCAGACCAUCCCUCUCGCCCCAGCGGACGCACAGAUUACAGACGCCCCCGUCCCCAUCCCUAUCGCCCUCCCAAACGGCGCCACACUGACACCGCUCCCGAUAGGAGCAGAUGGCUCGAGUCCCCAGGGUUACAUCCUCGCCUCGCAAACCCUCCUCCCCGGCGGCGCCCCCAUCGUCGUUUCGGGGACCACCUACGCCCUCGCACUGGGCGCCACCGCGCUCGCGAUAAACGGGCAAACAACCACCCUACGCCCGUCUUACGGCGCGCUCCUGACCACCGUGGCUGCUCCGCCAUUGACGCUCUUCGGCACGGUGUAUACGGCGAAUCGCGCGGGGUACUAUGCCCUCGCGCCGGGGACAACGCUGGUGCCUGGCGGUCCGGCCGUGACGGUGAGUGGGACGGUGAUUAGCCUUGUGCCGGAGGGAACGGCGGCGGUUAUCCAGGGGAGCACGAGUGCGAUGCAGCCGCUCACUGCGGUGGUUACCGUUGUAACGAGUGGGGAUGGAGUUGGGCAGACGGGGAGCAUGGAGGGCGCGCCGCUGCCGACGGUGGGGAAGCAUAGUGCUGGGAUGAAUAUGAAGAGGGGAGGGGCGUGGAUUGACGAGGUGCUCGUGCUGGGGAUGCUCGUUGUGGCGUGGUUGGGGAUUCGGUUGUGAGGGCUAUGGGGUGGCGUUGCAUGGGUGGAGUUACGGACUGUUUGACAUCAGGUUCGACUUCUUUCCUCGACCAGCUUGGACGUGUAUCGGGCAAGUACAAAACAUGCGCAGGACGGGAUCCCUCGCAUGAAAUCGAGCGGAGAUACAGUACCAUGCCUAUAUUCU